AUCUUUUUAACCCCAAAAAAUCAUUUCCUACUCCUAUGCAAUGCCAUUAAGUUAGUAGUAGCAGGCUCUUCGCUUUGUCCAUACUCGCCGACCGCCACACAACAUUAUAUCCCCACCACACAAGCCCCUGCACAGGUGUUUGAGUGUAGAAUAGAUCAAAGAGAGAGAAGGGGGGUGAAGGCUGUUUUUUUUUUUUUUUUUUUGGUUCUUUGCAUCAUGGAUAAAAGCUGUCAAUCCUCUUCUGAUUCUUCCACCAUCACCAGUAAUAGCAGUGGCGUAAACACUAACCCCACCACCACCAGGGAUCAGUACCUGAAGCAUCUCAACAAGUUUUCCCAUAAGAUCUCCAAACCCGUUGCCGUUGCUUCGCUCAAGAAACCCCACUUUGAUUCCAACCACCUGGUUCAGACCCAGAACCAGCCUGCUCCGAUUCCUGCUCCGGCUCAGCCUCAGCCUCAGGUGCUUGUUCAGAGUCAGAGUAAUUUGCCGCCGCAGCAGCAUCAGCCGCCGGUGUAUAACAUCAAUAAGAAUGAUUUCAGGGAUGUGGUGCAGAAGCUGACGGGUUCGCCGGCUCACGAGCGGUUAUCCGCUCCUCCGCCGAUUCAUCCGCCCAAACCCCAGAGUUCUCGACUACAGAGGAUCCGCCCUCCUCCGUUGGUGCACGUUGGCAAUCGUCCCGCUCCUUUGCUAAAUUGCGCCGCGCCGAAUGUAAACCCUAGCUCCCAGCCUAUCCCUGCGAUUCCUGCUGCGACGGCUUCCAUAGGGAAUUUCAUCCAACGGCCAGCGGCGCCUCUAUCGCCUCUCCCGCCGUUUCCUACCGUUCACGCGGCUGCUGAAUCUCCUGUUUCGGCUCAUAUGAGGUACCUUCAGAAUUCAAUGUCUAUCGUUGACUCCAAUCCGAAGCAAUUCUCUGGAUUCAUGCCGAUUGCCCCGCUGGUCUCCCCACGUUGGAACAACUUAGCUCCUCCGCAACAGCCCCCUCAGCAGCCGCCUCCACAGCCUCCGCUGCCGCAACAGGGUACAUCAUCGGGAAUCAUUCAGACACAGCUGCCGUCAUCCCCGGUUCCAUUUGGGUGCCUCUCACCUCGGUCACCAUACCCUUUGCUCUCCCCAAGCCUCCUGUUUUCUCCUAAUUCGGGUCAGUUCGGGCUCCCUCUUUCACCCACAGUGCCAGUGCCAAGCCCAACAUGGAAGGGCCUUCGAUAAGUUAAGUAUUAUCCCUUCAGGAUUUGGAAAGAGUGACUCCUUGAAUUUGACGUGCUUUUAGAGUAUUAGAUCUACAGGGGAUGAAGUUACUCUCUCACUUUCUAAGUUUUUGGAAAGCCUCUUUAUUAUAGGGUUUUGAGAGGUGGGAAUUCAGUAUGCAGGACAUGGCAAGAGUGACUUCUUGAAUUUGACUUGCUUUUAGAGUAUUAUUAUAUAUAAGAGGGAAUGAAGUUACUCUCCCACUUUUCCAAGUUUUUGGAAAGCCUCCUUAUUAUGGGGUUUUGAGAGAUGGGAAGUUCACCAUGCAGAAUUU